UCCAUCCCCGUUUCUCUUUCUUCCCCACUUUCACUAUGGUUUCUCUGCCAGUCCUUCUCUCGCUCGCUCUUCUCCCCUUCGUAGCCGCGCAGGACCACUCACUCGACAUCAAGGCCAUUGAAGCUCACUUCACCCAGUCCCAUAUUGUCCCCGAUUUCCUUACGUCUUUCACGCCCUCCGCCCUUCUUGACCUCAAUUAUGCUGGCGUUGGAAAUGUAACACCCGGUCAAGCCCUCAAAAUUACGCAGGUUUCUGCUGCUCCCACCCUGACGGUCAUUCCCGCGAACUCUUCAAUUUCCUUCUCUGGGACGUACACCUUGGCAAUGCUCGACGCAGAGACAGUUGGUAGCACCUUGCCAGAUGGUGUCAACCGCCACUGGCUUGUAAACGGUGUCGAGGUAACAGGCUCAACCGUGACCAUUGCUGGUGGAAACGCCAUCACGCCCUACGCCGGCCCCGGUCCCGCUGCGGGAAGCGGUCCUCACAGAUAUGUUGUGGCUUUAUAUGCGCAACCUUCAACAUUUACUGCUCCAGCAGCAUUUUCCAAAACUUUGGGCGUCUCACGCAUGGACUUCAAUGCAUAUGUGAAGGAUAGCGGUUUGGGACCUCUUGUUGCAGCCAGUUACAUUGACGUCGAAGAGGGCACUGCCACGAUCUCUAUUGCGCCCACUUCCGCAGUUGUUACUUCGACCUUACUACCAGCUUCGUCUUCAGGGUCUCCAGGGACCCACGCUGCGUCCGCUACUGGUUCAUCGGCUUCCGCAACUGGAACGGCAAAGAGUGGAGCGUCCGCACUCUCAAAAUUCUCCUCGCUUGCGGCGGCAUUGGCAGGCCUGGUUACUUUCAUUCUUGCGUGA